AAUCUUGCCAUACCACCAAGUAAAAUCAUGGGCGGUUCGUUACUGCUCCGCCAUCGAACUGUGCAAUCGCACCGACAACCGCCGCCAGUCGCGGGGAAUCCGCCAAAACAUCCGCCAUGUCUGGGACGGUUCUCAGCACGCUCUGUAGCAUCUGCCACGCCGAGCCGCCUAAGUACAAGUGCCCGGGGUGCGGCGUGCGCACUUGCUCGGUGCCGUGCGUCCGGAAGCACAAGGUUCGAGCCGAUUGCGAUGGCGUGCGAAAUCCCCGGGCCUUCAUCCCACUCAGCCAGCUGAAGACCGCAGCCGGAAUCGACCAUGACUACAACUUUUUGACGUCAAUCGAGCGCGCCCGUGAACGUGCGGAGAAGGACAUUGUUGAGGCCCGUCGGCUGCUGAGCGAGAAGGAGCUGCGGCCGCUGAACGACGACAAGCACUUCGAGAAAGUCUGGCACGGCGACCAGCUGCACCACAUCCCAGUGCGCCCUACGAUCAUCGAUAGUUUUGAUAAGCCUGUGCGCCGCCGGCUACGGUUCUACGACAUCGAUGUCAUCAGAAUGCCAAAGGGCAUGUCGCGGCAAAAGGAGAACAAGACGGCUUUCAACAAGCGGACACACAGCAUCAACUGGCAGGUGGAAUGGCUCGUCUACGGCGCCUCUGGGCUCGGCGUGCGCAUCCUCCACAAAACCUUGGAGGGCAUCCCCCUCAACGCUGCCUUGGCGGCGGCCCUUGCCUGGCACCACCGCCGCCAAAGCUGCGAGCAACCUAACCCCGAAGAGUCCGACAACGGACUCGACUUGAACGACGAGUUUCUCGUGCCGAAAAAGAAGCGCAAGCACCACCGCCGCCGCCACCACCCCGCCCACGUCUCACCACCGCCAACUCAAAACCCCACAACCUCCACCUGGCCCGCAGCCGCAGACACAACCCAGUGCCCAUUCACCUCCGCCUGGUCCCAGACAAUUACCACCGGCGCGCCUUGCCAGCCCACAACCGCACCGACCCCGCCGCCCGAAGAAGCCUUCCUCACCUGGCAAUUCUUCCUCCAGCAGGCCGGCUGGCCGAUGCCGGCGACACCGACGCUUAUCCGCCUCGGCGCGACCGAGAACCUGAGGACCGUGCUCGAGGGGCGGACGUUGCUGGAAUUCCCGACCAUCGUGGCCCUGCCGGGUUGGCGGGCGGUGCCCGAGAAGUAUACUGUGCGCGAGAAGCCCGGCGCGGUGGCGCAGAGCUUGUCCGGGCCGGCUGGGCUGGAUGGAGGCGAUGUGAACGGAAACGAGAACGAGAGGAAGAGGGGACCGCCGGCGGGCGCGGCUGCUGGGCGCGGUGCGAAGAGAGCCAGGCUCGGGGCGACGCGGCUGGGGGAGAAGGCUGUGCCGGAGGCGGAGUCGGAGGCCGAGGAAGGGGAGGUCAAUAGCGAUGGAGAUGAGAUUGUCGGCGGCAGUGUGGGGAAGAGGGCUGCUGCGCGGGCUGUGAUUGACGAUGGGGAGAGCGAGAGUGACAGCAGCAGCAGCAGCAGCAGCGGCAGUGACAGCGACGGUGAAAGUGAGAGUGACAGCGACAGUGACAGCGACAGUGAGAGUGAGAGUGGAAGCGAGAGCGAGAGCGGCAGCGGCAGCAGCCAUACGCUCGGCGGGAAUGACGAGGAAGGGGAGAUUCAGGAACCACAAGGGGCGAUGUCGGGCACUGGCUUGGUUGACUACGGCUCGUCCGACCAGUCGGAUUGAAUUCGAGUUGAAGCUCGCUGGAGGAGUUUUGGAGUGCUCUUCCCACAGGCAUCAGCCAACUGCCCUAUUCUAAGCCGUUUGGCGGGAUAGGGGUCAUUUUGUCAUGUUUUAGAAUUGUCAGGCAUGAUACCCUCGGAGAGAAUACCGACAUCGUAGUUAUGCUUUUGCUUUGUUUUGUGUGGACCUCAAUGCCCAUGCCAUGUUUGAGCGUGAUGAGCGUGGAGGACUGGUCUUGCUCAUUUACCAGCAAUGCCAUGUCUCUGCUCUUGAGAGUGUUCAUGCAGCAAGCCGGGCUUGAGCUGAACAGAGUAUUGCGAACGC